UUUGUUUUAGAUUAUUUAAAUAGCUUAGACGAUCAACAGCAAACUGUAAUUUCCGGGGAUCCUCAGGAUUUUGAAGGAAGUGGUUCUGAACCCGAUACAAAGCAAGAUAUAAAACCGGAUUUGCUUCAAUUUGGUUUGAAGAAAACUAAAGAUACUGUCUGCUGUACGUUAGGUUAUUUUGCCGGAAGCAAAGAUUACCAUUGUAUCGCUAAGUUUUAUGCUGCUCGAAUAUUAUUUAGGAACAAGAACCGGAGGCACAGCAGGAAACUGGGGUUUAAUGGAUUAUACAGUGGCACCAAAUUGAUGAGAACUUUUGAACAGUGUGUAUCAAUUAAAAGCCAGCCGAAAAUCUUCGAUAGAUGUUGCCAGAAAGGUGCAAUGAAUAGACGAACUAAGCCACAUUUUGUCACAGUAAGGAAAAAACGAUAUGAAAUGAAAAUGAGAAGAAUACGGAUACCAAAGUUAAUGCAGGAAGACGAACACUUGAUUGCAGUUUAAAAACACAGUACUAUUUAAGAUUUGUAAAUAUUAAAAUGACGUACGAAAAAAAUUCUUAGUAAAAUGUUAUAACGGUA